UUUCACGGGUGGUGGGACGGCAGAUAUUUCCGUCGCGGCCUUGUGACGUAUUAGGUGGGUGCCAAGGGAUCCGGCGGUCGGCCGGGCCGGGCAGGUUGGGAGAGAUGGCGGAGUAUCUGGCCUCCAUCUUCGGUACCGAAAAAGACAAAGUCAACUGUUCUUUUUAUUUCAAAAUUGGAGCAUGUCGCCAUGGAGAUCGAUGUUCUCGGUUGCACAAUAAACCAACAUUUAGUCAGACAACUUGAUAUUAAGAAGAACGGUACAAAUACCAUCUUGAUUCAAAACAUCUAUCGUAAUCCCCAAAACAGUGCACAGACGGCUGACGGCUCACACUGUGCUGUGAGUGAUGUUGAAAUGCAGGAACAUUAUGAUGAAUUCUUUGAGGAGGUCUUCACAGAAAUGGAAGAAAAAUAUGGUGAAGUAGAAGAAAUGAAUGUCUGUGAUAACCUUGGAGAUCAUUUGGUUGGAAACGUAUAUGUAAAGUUUCGACGUGAAGAAGAUGCAGAAAAGGCUGUGAUUGAUCUGAACAAUCGGUGGUUUAAUGGACAACCAAUUCAUGCUGAGCUUUCCCCCGUGACAGAUUUCAGAGAAGCUUGUUGCCGUCAGUAUGAAAUGGGAGAGUGUACAAGAGGAGGUUUCUGUAACUUUAUGCAUUUGAAGCCUAUUUCUCGAGAAUUGCGACGUGAGCUGUACGGCCGCCGCCGCAAGAAGCAUAGAUCCAGGUCAAGAUCUCGUGAACGUCGCUCUAGAUCCAGAGAUCGUGGUCGUGGAGGAGGAGGCGGUGGAGGAGGAGGAGGCGGUGGAGGAGGGGGCCGAGAACGUGAUAGAAGGCGGUCAAGAGAUCGUGAAAGAUCUGGACGAUUCUGAGCCAUGCCAUUUCUACCUUCUCUGUUAGAAAGUGUUGUAGUUGAUUGACCAAACAAGUUCAUAAUGAAACUUUUUUAAAAAGAUGGGCUUCUGAAUAAAAAUUUGUAGUGAUAACAGUUUUCUUUGCGUAACUGAUUUCUUAUAGAAAAACUUUUAUCAGUUUUGACCCUGAUGAAUGAUUGGGGUAAUUGCAAUGUACUGCAAAUACCUGAUUUUUACAUUUAGAUAUGGAUGAAACUAUUGUGUAUAAUAUUAAAGUAUUAUAUACAUUAAAAUACA